GCGACGGUGGGCCGGGAUUGGCGCAUGCGCCGCCGUCCUCGGGCCGAGAUGCCGCGGGAGCUGGAGCUGUGUCCGGGCCGGCCCGUCGGCGGCCCCCACCCCUGCUUCAUCAUCGCCGAGAUCGGCCAGAACCACCAGGGCGACCUGGGCAUCGCCAAGAAGAUGAUCCGCAUGGCCAAGGAAUGUGGGGCAGAUUGUGCUAAGUUCCAAAAGAGUGAGUUGGAGUACAAAUUUAACAAGGCGGCCUUGGAGAGGCCUUACCCAUCCCAACACUCCUGGGGAGCCACGUACGGUGAUCACAAACGCCACCUGGAAUUCAGUCAUGAACAGUACAGGGAGCUGUCAAAAUUUGCACAGGAAGUUGGUAUCUUUUUCACAGCGUCUGGUAUGGAUGAGAUGGCAGUAGAAUUUCUUCAUGAACUGAAUGUGCCUUUCUUCAAAGUUGGCUCUUCGGACACCAGUAAUUUUCCCUAUCUGGAGAAAACUGCCAAGAAAGGGCGUCCGAUGGUCAUCUCCAGUGGGAUGCAAAGCAUGGAAAUAAUGAAAAAGGUUUACAACACGGUGAAGCCCAUCAAUGACAAGUUCUGCUUCCUCCAGUGCACCAGUGCAUAUCCACUGGAACCCGAAGAUGUUCACCUGCGUGUUAUCACCGAAUACCAAAAGGAGUUUCCAGACAUUCCUAUUGGAUAUUCUGGGCAUGAAACUGGAAUAGCUAUAAGCAUAGCAGCAGUUGCUAUGGGAGCCAAAGUUGUGGAGCGUCAUGUGACCCUGGACAAAACCUGGAAGGGUAAUGACCACCAAGCUUCUCUGGAGCCUGAUGAGCUGCGAGAACUGGUCCGCUCAAUCCGCACUGUGGAGAAGGCGUUGGGCUCUCCCCUCAAGCACAUGUUGCCCUGUGAGAUGGCCUGUCAUGACAAGCUGGGGAAGUCUGUUGUAGCCAAGGUGAAUAUUCCAGUGGGAACGAUCCUGACUAUGGACAUGAUGACUGUGAAGGUGGCAGUGCCCAAAGGUGUUGAACCAAGCAACAUCUUUAACCUGGUGGGAAAGCAAGUCACAGCAAACGUAGGUGCAGAUGAAUCGAUCACUGAUGACGUGAUUGGAAAGCACAACUCUUGAGGCUACACAGAGGCAAUGCUUAAAACUAAGCAAGUUAGAACUUGAUUAUUGCCAAGUUUGGGUUUUAAAUUAAUUAAUUAACAAUUUAUUAUGGAAUAAAUCAAUGGAAUAAAAACCAAAUGCUGU